ACGAAGGCGACGACUACUAGCCAAUCAGAGGCAGAGUAGGGCGGGUCUUCGUGCAAUUUGGGUAGGAAAAAAUUGCCUGCCAACCGCAAUGAAACAACAACAACACGUAGGAGGAAUCCCACGUAGUCUUCUGAAGGCCAGCGACAUAUGGAGUGUCUCCACCCUCCUGGCGGCACAGUGAACCAAAAGUCAGUAAAUGCAUGCAUGGAUUUCUAGAUAAGAGAGAUGAGCUUCAUUUAACCUGCAACACGGACUCUGGAUGUUACCGUGAGGGCUGAAGUUGGACUUCGUUGGAGAUAAAAAGGAGAAAGUUUCCUCUUCAACUUACGGCAAGGCUUGACGGAGGACAAAAAUGCAGUCUUUUGGAUGGAUAGUUGGACCAUACCCACAGUUGGGACCACCCUCACAAUCCUCACCAGCUGCUAAGCAACUUACCCAGGACACAAUGAGGAACCAGCAAGUUGGAACUGCAAAUAACGUAUAUCAGUACAGGACAGAAAACACAGGAGUCAGACCACCACAAAGUGCUCUUUUCACCUUCGGUAAUAGAGCUUCUAACAGACAGACGUCAAAUGGCCAGACAUCCGCAGUUCCUCAUCAGGCUGUUUCUUUUCAGCAGCCAGCUGGAGGGAAGAAUAGUGGUUAUCAGAAAUUGUUGCAUGGCGAUCUGCAAAACUCAUCUCUUAAUAUGCAAAGUGGAAACCCUCGUUCACAGGUGGUUUAUAGAUUUCACGUUGCAACUCCGCAAGAUUUUCAUCAGAACUCUGCUCAGAAUUCAUCAAGUCAGAGUCCGUCUGACAUGAUGAAGGCACACACUACAUACACUCAAAAAGAUAUGUCAGUUACAUUAACAGGAAAUCAGAAUGAAAGUACUUUGUCUGAUCUACUGCGUCCCAGGGUUCAGAGAAACUUGUAUCAAAAUGUAAAUGGGGAGUUGACUAAUCCUAUUUCAGCUUUCUCUACAACAGCUACCUCGCUCCCACCUGCACAGGCGGUUGGCAUCAGCACAUUAAUGUCUGCCACAGCACACAACAUACAGACUGCUCCUAACCAACACCACAGACAAAACAGCACUCAGCAUCGAUUCCCUUCUUCCAUCCCCCCACCAACGUAUAAUGUGGCUGUCUCUCAGUCUCUCAGAAACAGCAGUAUCACAACUAAUUCGCCAUCAAGUGGACGGAGUUUGCACGUUUCCAAUAUGAGUCAGAAAACUCAACAGUACUCAACGCAGUUCAACUCAUCACCCAACACUGGGAAAGCUUCCACCUCCUCUGUUAACUCAAAAUCAUACAACUGCCAUUAUGAAAUUGACCGUUUCUUGUCAAAAACAAAUGAGCGUCCCUUAAAUCCUGCAGCAGAUGCACAACAGCAAAUGCUCAGCCGCCAGAUGAGCGCAAGGUUCGCAGACAGACAGUCAUUCACUGCUGGCUCAGAUGCUCGUCCUCCGAUGUACACUAGUUCACCGUACAAUGGGAAGCAGUUCGACAGCAAAGGCAGGAUGAUUGAAUCUAAUCCAACUAUGGCGCCUGUGCCAUCUUCUGUCAUUGGACACUAUAAGUCAAAUGUCCCACAAUCUUUAUCUCUACAUUCUGGAUAUUCUUUGCCUAAAACCACCCAGAAUCUUAUAUCACCAACACAGCAUGUUGUAGAUGAGCUACCUCAACACAUGCAACAGCCUGAGAGUAUUUCACCACAGAGAAAUAAGACCCAUUCAUCUGUAGCAAACAAUCGUGAAUUUCUUGAAAUACUUGAAAUGCUCACAUCAAUCAAUCCAAAUGACAGCUCCGUUCAUUCAUCUCCUGGUCGCACAGGACCGAAAGCAAUUGCUGUUGUGCAACCAUUGGCACAGGAAUGCUACCAGGUUUCCGGCAAUGAUACAUCUUCUAAGAGGAUCAAUCAAGAGCGUGAACACAUCACGACAGAUGAAUCUCAAAUUAACCCUGAGAAAUUCUUGAUUUCACCAGAUGUGACAAAAAGCAAAAUGGCUGCGUAUUUAAGAGAAGUAUCUAAUCCUGUAAAAGAUAAUUGUAGGUCUCCCUCCAAAAAUCUAAAUGAAGUGAGGUCCAGGUCAGCAGCUUUUAGCGAUGGUCCUGUUGUGUCGUCUUCAGAUUCAGCCGGGCCACAACAGUCCCAGAAACAGUUAUGUGCAGAUAACACAGGAUCCGAAGCGGCUAUUAAUAUGCCGUUAGAAAAGGUUGUUGCACCAGCUGCUCAGCUAACCUCUGAAGUGCCAGAAAGCCAAAAUGGGGAUAAGGACAAAAGUGAGAUGACAUCAGAUGCAAAGACCUUUGUUUGUGAGCUUUCAUCACUCCCAACAACCCCAUGGACAGUUGUAUCAAUAAUUAAGUUGAUACAGGAGGGUGAAGAAGCUCAGAUGAAGUCAGAACUUUUUCCAGAGUUUAAUACUUCAAGAAUGUUAUUAAGCAUGUAUUGGGAUGGCAGCUGUAAAAAGUUGGCUGAUAGGCUCAGGACAGGCUGGUACAAAAAGUUAAUCACUGAUGUACACGAAUUCUGCUCAAAACAUGUGGCAUUAGACUCUCCCAUACUGUCACAAGUAAAGCACAGCUUUGAGAAGCACCUGAAAAGCUUCCAUGUGAUCGCAGAUAAUGAGGUGUAUUCAGAACUGCCUUACGUGUCAUCGUGGUUGAACGCCAAUGAGCGGCUCAAUGACAUUGAUAAAGAGUUUGGCUUCCCGUGGUCUUUGAAACGUUGUCCUCACACCCUUGACACUGACAGCCAGUCAGAUCAGGUCGAGACAGCUAAAAGCAUUCCUGCACAAAUUGUAGGUGAGGUGCAAAACAAGGCCUUGUCACAAACAGAACUCGAACCUGUUGAGUCAGAUGAUGAACAACAUUCCACUGUUGAAGUUGCCCCAACACAAACUCCCUCUCCCAAUAAAACAGAGAGUGCAGAUUCCAGUGACCCUUUUUUCUCAUUUGAAAUCCAAGUUUUGCCCCCAGAAGAGGCCAAAUUGAUCUUUGAGGGACUACAAAGCAAGAUACCACAAAAUACAGAAAAGGUUUGUCAGCUAGAGAAAGUCACUAACAAUCCUGUUGAAGAUGAGUUACCUGAAGUUAUGGAUCUCACAAUAAGCGACUCAAAACUUGAAAUCCAAGUUUUGCCUCCAGAAGAGGCCAAAGUGAUCUUUGAGCAAGUUCAAAGCAAGAUGCCACAAAAUACAGAAACAGUUUGUCAGCUAGAGAAAGUCACAAACAGUCCUGACUCAAAACUGGAGAACAGGGCAGUCGCUCCACUAGAACAUAUUUGCUGCAAUACAAGGUGGAAGCAAAUAAUUAUGGGGUCCAACACGCCUUCUUUGAGCACAUGCCAAUUCAAGAAAGAGCAAAGUCAGAAAGAUUGCACUGACAACACCCUUGAUGAGGAAGAGAUGGCGGCACAAAAGAAUGAUAAACUGUUUGCAAUAAGACCUGACAGCAAAUUUCACUCUGCGAUGGUGAGAGAGAAUCAAGCAAAGGGUUGUGAGAGUAUCGUCAAUCAAAUUCAGACCUUAACUGAGCCUGAACUAUGCAAUGAAGUCAGUCAUAUCAUUGAUUUAUCUGACAGUGAUGACAAACCUGACUCAUAUUCUGACAAAGACCCAAAUACUAUUUCCCUGCUAAGUAUAAAUAGUAGCCCGUCAAGCAUUAUUUUCAUUCGUGAAAGUACAGAUGAAAAUGUCUCUAGCAGUGAAGAUGGAGGUUCCAACCAGAUGUCAGACCUGGAAGAGGACUGUGGACAAGCUCAGCUGACAUCUCCAAAUGUGUCACCACUGAAAACGAAAGGACAAAUUAGUGCAACGGCCGCCCCUCAGACUUUCAGCUGCAAACAUGAAACUGUUGAUCAGGGUUCACAGCAACUUCUUGAGGGUAUUUCAAAAUGUAUGAAGGUUUCUGUUAAUGCUGCUGAUGGUGAACCUCCAGCCUCAAAUGUUAGAACUGUCGAACUGGUACUGUUUGGCACAGCAACACAAGAAAAAUGCGUUUUAGUUGGUGGCCACAAGAACCAUAGGUCAUCUCCACAGACUGUAUCUGAUGAAGUACCAAAGCCUCCAGAGGUUCUCUCUGUGAGUCUCAGCCCCCUCAAGAGAAAGCCCAGUGCAACUGUCCCCACAGGGGAAUACUCAGUCAAACGAUGGAUCCAUGAAAAAUGGAGGAAAAGUUUUCCACCAAUUAGAAUUAAGUACAGAAACAAACUGAAAACACAGAAACAUACUUUAUCUAAGGUUAGUCUCAAGAAAACUGAAAGAAGUGGCUCCGCCAACACUGAGGAGCUACCGGCUUCCUCUGAGAUGAGCAUCUGGAAUGGAAAUAACAAGCGCAGCCUGAGUCUGAAGAGGAGGAGGUCCCUCUCUCAUGGUUUCAAACUUGGAGAGAAGAAGACAAAGAAAGAUGAAGUCACACUCAAACAGCCAGCUGUCCACGAGAGAAGUAAAGCUGAAAAUGGAAGCCAGACUGUCGUGCCUCUCCAGGAGAACAACGUGUUGAGGUUCAGUGUGUUACCCAACACCUUCAGCUUCAAAGAUGCAUCCAAUGGGAUAAAAGACACCACUAAUGAUGUUUCAGAUAAAGCUGACCUUGCUGGAGCAGAUGACGAGAGCCCCGGUGUACCUGUCAAGAGAGCAAUGGGUGCAUGGUAUCCAAAUCCAGAGAAGCAGUAUAUUCCUCUACGUCCGUCUCCUGUCCCCAAGACCUCCAGCAUCUUCCAUGAGUAUCAGAAGAAAUACACAAAGAAGAUGCAGCCUUCCUCGGAUAAAUAACAACACCAACAAAUGUGUUUUUGGCGACAGUGUCUUCUUUUUGGGAAAUUCUUUAUUUGAGAAGCGUGUUGCAGAAAUGAUCUCUUUGUGUUUUUAUGCUGUAUUACUUAAGAAAUAAAUUGAAAUCGAGGCAGAUUUGUAUGUAUUUGAUCUUAACAGUCAGUCAAUAACUUACUACUGUAUAAGAUACCGGUCAUUUGUUCUCAUCAGUUUGCACAUAUAAUAGUGUCAAUUGUUUACACGCCUGAAAAAGCUUUCAGGUCAUCCUCUACAGGUACAAUUCUUUUUGUCUUGCAAAAAGAUUUUAUGAAAAAAAAAUUAAGACAGUCUGAAAUGUACAUUUCAGCGACAUAUUUAUAUUUUUCUAC